AUGACACCUAAAAAGCACCCAAGGGAUUGGUCCCCCAUACGAAAGGUUAUUACAACCAUCAUUAUCUGUGGGAUUGGAUUCACUGUAACGGUCGGCGCCUCCAUAUACUCUCCCGGCCAUGAACAAGUGCAGCAAGAGUUCAACGUACCCACCACAAUCUCUUUACUGCCACUGUCCGCAUACUCUCUAGGACUCGCAUUUGGCCCGAUGAUUUCCUCGCCUCUGUCAGAAGCCUUCGGUCGCCGAUUCGUGUACUUGAUCACGCUUCCUCUAUUUGAUAUUUUCAUGGUCGGGGUCGGCUUAUCGCGGAACAUCGCCUCUCUGAUAAUCUGUCGUUUUUUCGCCGGUUUGUUUGCUGCUCCUGGUGUAUCUGUUGCAGCGGCGACAAUUGCAGACUAUACAACGCCUUCCGAGCGAGCCAUCCCACUCUGCACAUAUUACUCAAUUCCGUUUACCGGUAGCGCAAUUGGCCCACUGAUUGGAGGGUUUGCAGUCGACGCGAAGGAAUGGCGCUGGACGGCAUGGGUCGUUCUCAUAAUGGGCGCAGCACUGCACACCCCGGUUCUCUUCCUACGAGAAUCUCAAACAUCUCUCAGCAAAGGGAAUUCUGAUGGUGGCGUCUGGGAAACGGGGAAACAUUUCAUCACCACCACCGUCAUUCGACCCCUCCAUAUGCUCACAACCGAACCCUUAGUGACCUCAAUCUGUCUAUACACCGGAUUCCAGUUCGCACUUCUCUACACCUUCGUCGUCGCCAGCCCGUGGGUUUUUCGCACCGUCUACGCCUUCUCCUCACAGGCCCAAAGCCUCUCCUUCCUCGGCAUGGUCACCGGCUGCCUCACAGCCCCUCCAGUCCUCAUCUCCAUCGACCGGCUCAUCAAACGCCUCCGACCGCCCACCUCUCAGACCCCCUCCACCCCCGAGGACCGCCUCCACGCCGCCCUCUACGGCAGCCUCGUCCUCCCCGCGGGCCUCUUCUGGUUCGCCUGGACCGCCCAACCCUCCAUCCACUGGAUGAGUCCGAUCUGUGCACAAGGCUUGACUCUGCUCGGAAGCAUCCUGAUCUACGUCCCGUGCAACUUCUACACGAUUGACGUGUAUGGGUCGAAGUUCGGGGCGUCAGCGAGCGGCGCGUCGUCUUUGACUCGGUAUACUUUGUCUGCUGCGUUUCCGCUCUUCGUGACGCAAAUGUAUGAGGCGCUGGGGGUGCAUUGGGCGACAAGUCUGUUGGGGUUCGUGGCGUUGGCGAUGGCGCCCAUUCCGUGGUUGCUUUAUCGUGCUGGGCCGGGGUUUAGGGCAAGGAGUGGUUAUGAGCAUGGAACGUAG